AUGGAUUUCAUCAAGACCAGUUCCCUGCGUGCUCUGAUUGAGUUAACUUUCCAACGCAAGUGGAACGGCCUCAUUUGGAUGAGUAGAAAAGGAGUUAUAGCCAAAAGAGUGAAGACUGUCCAGACGGCUCUAUCGAGAAUCAGCGCCAACCGCGCAGAACGGCUGGCCGAGGAACGAAUGUUCCGCGUCUCGGCCAAAACAUUCCGUCCGUCUGAAGUCUCGGCCAAAGUUCGCACCGGCCGACGCAUCACGACCCGGGAAACAUGUCCCGCGGUCGGCCAAGCCACAACGUCACGCCACGCCGCGCACGACCAUGCCGCGCGAGCCGGGAACAAAGCCUCGCGGCCGCGCAACCUUCUCGCGUACCACGGCCGAUGCAUCCGUCCGAGCCGGGAAAGAACGUCCCACGUCCGGCCGAGAAACCAUCGGCCAAAUCCAUCAUCCGUCCGACCACACCGGCCGACCGUGAAAUCAUCCGGCCACGACCGUUCCGACACGCCACGACCCGACUGUCCGGCCGAUCGUCCCGACCGACCGUCCGAACGCCGCGGUCGACCCGAAGCCGUUUUUGAAGCCCAAUCCGCACAAUUCAAGCCCAAAGCCGGCGCCGACCUAGCUAGAUUAGGUCUAGCCGCUUUUUCAUACUUAGUGCAUUAUAAAUACUUCUUUUUAGCCUUGUAA